AUGUCCUCUGCCGAUCCUGACCAGAAUUUUUCCCCUGCCGAAUUGGCUGAACGCGACCUCCAGGAGAAGGAGCGCCAGGCUCGCGAGGCCGCUGAGCAGGCCCAGCUCCCUUACAAAUGGACCCAGACCAUCCGCGAUCUUGAGGUGUCUGCGCCAAUCCCUUCCAACAUCAAGGGCCGGGAUAUGGUGGUUACUCUGACCAAGUCAAAGAUCAGCGUUGCGAUCAAAGGCAAAGAGCCUAUUAUCGAGGGUGAUUUCCCCCACCCCAUUCUCGUCGACGAAUCAUCCUGGACCCUCGAAACAACCUCCAAUCCUCCUGGCAAGGAAGUCAUCCUCCACCUCGACAAAGUAAACAAGGUGGAGUGGUGGCCGCAUGUCGUCAAGAGCGCACCUAAGAUCGAUGUCACCAAAAUCACACCUGAGAACUCGAGUCUGAGUGACCUCGAUGGUGAGACCCGCGCCAUGGUGGAGAAGAUGAUGUACGACCAGCGCCAGAAGGAGGCGGGCGGCUUGACCAGUGAUGAGCAGAAGAAGAAAGAGCUUUUAGAGAAGUUCAAGGCUGAUCAUCCUGAGAUGGAUUUCUCUAAUGCUCAGAUCGGUUAA